ACACGUGAUAACACAGUAAAUCAUAAAUUUAAAAUAGAGUUGAUUAGUCUUAAACAAACUUAAAGGAUGAGUAAAAAAGUCUAAACCAAUAUAUUUGACCGGUUUCCGCGUUCUCUUUACUUUUCAUGUUCUUGAAGAAAACCACAAAAUUGGAGUGAUGUGUAUUCUGAUUGUUGAGAGAGUUUGAGUCCCUUGAACCCGACUCAUACUAGGUGGUAUCAGAGCCCAGUUCAUAAUGCAAGAAGAGAAGAACUUACAGAUCUGGAGCGUAUUAUAAAGUUUCCUGAAGGUUGGUUGUGCUGCAGAAAAUUCUAUACCUGCAAUGGCGAAGGAGUUUCGAAGAAAUCAAUCCAUGAUUGAUCCAAAAUAUAUAGCGUAAUUGAAUGAGUAUGUCGAAAGGAGAAAGAAGCUAGUCAACACUAGUCUUUGGAAGGAUAUGCAAGAGACAUUGGCUACCUUGACGAUGGCGCUCCAGAAAGAAGAGACCGUGUCGAAACCAAUGGGGUUUCAAGUGUCGCAGCCGUCCCUCCGGGGGUCCGAAGUCGUCGCGUCGGCGUUUUUGGGAGUCGCCAUCGAUCUUACUUGGAGUGGAUCGAACACUCUUCGAAUCGGCUCUAACCUUAGUGUCAGAACCGAGAUAUGGUCUGCGGUUAAAAGAUUUGGGUUCGGGAGUACGAUUACGUGCGGGGAAGUGAAAUCACACCCCACAACGCCCUAAAUCGGUACUACUUAAGUCGAUAAGUUUUUAUAUGUGUUGGGUGUAUUUUUAGUAAUAUUUUUGUAAUUUUAGGGUCCCACUGGACCAUUUAAUGAUUUUAUCGUAUUAGUUUAUUAUUAGGUAUUUUAGGUAUUUUAGGGGCCUUACCAGACCACUAAAGAAAUUAAAUCGUAUUAAUUGUAAUUUAAUCAUACGCCCACUGACGUAAAAAUUAAAAAUGGAAUUAAUUGGUUAGUUGGACUCGAACCUUAUCGGUUGCCUACGUACCCGUUAGACGGGAUCAAAGUCCACGUAGUUCGUUGUAACUUUGAUAGUUUAAUUGUAUGACUUUUACCACGUUCCACUGAACGUAAUUUUCCUAUUAUAAUUUUGUUAAUAAAACUUCAUUUAGAUGAUUAUGAGAUUAUGACAAAAAAAUGCAAGGAUUUUAGUUAUUAGGAAGUAUUUUUGACGUAUUAUAAAAGAAACAAGAGGAACUUAAUCUGCAUUCAACAUUUCGUAUUAAGGGCUUUAAACAAAUAUAAUCAAACGGGAUGGUUACAUUAAUGCAUGAUGGGCCAGCAGCCCAACUGGUAAACUCCCUGGAGUUUGUUUCGCACGAGAAGGUAGCGGGUUUGACCCCCACUCACUACCUCUGUUUUUCCUUCUUUUUUUUACAGACUCGAGGAGGGCAUUUUAGUCUUUAGCGAGUCCAGUAUAAAUUUCCUUCGUAGAAACCCUAGACGACUCAAAACAGCCGCCUCUCACUCACUCUCUCUCUCUCUCGAUUCUUCCUCUCUGCUUCACUUUCGUUUGCUUCUCCGCCGAACCAAAAACCAGAAACCAUCUGGUUUCUAGGCUGGAACCGCCACACCUCCUCUUCUCCUCCUCGCUCUCGUUUUCCCCUGCGUCUCUAUCUUUCGUUCUUUUCUGGUAAAAACGACUCCUCUCCUCGAGCCACCACUAGAAAAACGACCCGAUAUCAGAAGAAACUCCCUCGAAGCUUCUCCUUUGGCUCAUCGCCGGCCUCGAAACGCGACCUAAGAGCCUCAAAUUGAACGAAAUCGUGUCUAUUGAGGUAUGAUUUGGCUUGCAUGUGCGUUUAUUUGACGAUUUUUGGUUUGAAUUCGUUUCUGACCUUCUCAUUUUGGUUUUUCUUUUGGUUAUCUUUUGGAUUCGAGGAGGGGAGAGUGAGGGAACCUUCAGCGGCUAGGGUCUCCGACGGCAAGGCUCCACCGGUGAUGUUUUGACGACGGCGACGACAUGUGAGAUUUGAAUUUCAGUGAUUUUAUUUUUGGUUUAAUCUCCUCAAUCGAUUCUGACCUCUACUUUUGUUUUGAUGUAGGUUUUAGAAGCGGAUAGAUCUAGAUGACGUAUCUCUAAACUCAUGGUUUCCAGGCUGGGUUUUUCGAUCAGUUAGGUCGUCCAAGGUUAGUUUUGUAUUGUUCGGCUGGUGUGACCUUAAAGGUUUGAGUCCGAAUUCCCUACUGGGAUUAUCUAUCCAUUUUUAUAAUAGUCAAGAAAUUACCUGCUUUGUUAGAUGCUACAACUUAAAUGAUUCUGGAAUAACCAAAACAAUAGCCACUGGUAAUGAUUUUGGAUUGAAAAAGAAACUUUUGUUCUAUUUUGGUGUAGGUUGGACGACAAUGGAGAUUUAGAUGAAGUGAUUCUGCCCCUAGCUAGCAAUGAUUUCGAUUUUAAAACUAAGUUAAAUUGUUUGAUUCAUUAUUGAUUUAGACCAAUAUUCACAGCUACUGCUCGUGACUUUGGGUAAAAAAAACAAAUUUCUAAUCUAAGUCUGAGAUUGGCUUUAAGUGUAGAUGCUUGAACUCCAAUUUAGGUGCAGCCUAUUGUCGAUUAUACGAAUAUCUGCUUGUUCCAGCUAGGUUUGGCAACAGUUUUAAAAAGGAGAAAUAAGAAGCUUUUGUUAAGUUUGUUAAUUGAAAGUGUCUUACAAUAGCCUUGGUCACAGCCACUGAUGUUACUGAAUCUAAAAUCAAUUGAGUUUGCCAUAACUCGUUUCUUAUAAUGUCUAGUUUACUUUGAGCAGAAACAUGUAUUCAAAGGUAUAGUAAAGUCAGAUCUAACACAUGUUUGCAGUAAAGAACAUAGAUAAUUCAAAUCUAACACAAGUAAAUGCCAUUAAAUGGGCAUAAAUAUAUCGGAUCUGAAUGCAAGCAACAAACUGGUUUGGUUUUGUUGAAUCUUAGAUUAGCAAAUUCGUAAUAAGAUUCAGAGUUUCGA